AUGAUAGAUUCAGACACAAUAACUCUUGAUUAAAUUUAUGGAUGUAAUUUCAAAAGGGUGCCACUACUUUAUGCUGAAAUGGAAGGAACUAAUCCAUUUCAAAUAAAUGAGGCUGAUGAAGAUUUAGAUUCCGAUAAACAAAUACCUGACUAACCGAAGCAAAUAUCGCCAACCCAAUAAAAAGCUUAAUUGAAACCAUUGAUAAAAACAAGGAAGAGGUAGUAGACUGUUCACAAGUCGCCUGUUAAUAUGAGCUAAUUUGAGAGGCAUAUUGGAUUUCGAAAUUCUUUUUAUAAGAAUAAUAACAAAGUCAAUUUAGCUUCUAGGUAAAGGGUUGAGGAAGUUAAAAAUCAGGAAAUCGGAAUGUUUACUAAAUAUGUUUAAAGGUUUUAGCUAUAAAAGUUAUAAGUUUGGAAUUGA